AUGAGGUUGCGAAUUUGUUUUUUUAAUCUAAUAAAUCGACUAUCAUUGUAUAUGCUCCACGCCCACGAGUUUUGACGACACUGAAUAUAAUAGGUCACUGAUCUGAAUGACCAAUGAGCCGAGUUAGUCAACAUUAGAAUUCUCUCAUCUUCUCACACCGGGCAUACAAGUGCAUACAUGGCAUUCUUUUAUUCCAUGAUGUAGGUACAAAAUUCACGUUUCGUCAUAAAUAGGUCAAAAAGCAAGCACUAUGGUAUUGAUAUCAGUGUGAUUUCAUUUGUGUGUUGUUCUUUCAUAAUAUAGUUGGAUGAAGCAGAAUAUCAAUACACCUGUCAACUGAUAAAACACUUUGCUCCUAGCUUCCAGUUGUCAUUUUCUUGUUUGUCGGAUCUGGAUUGAAAUAGGCUCAACUUCUUCUUGGAUAAUGCAGAUAGGCCUAGACUUCCACGACUGAAAGAUAAACAUUACAAUCGAAUAUCAUUUGUGUGGGAGUCAACUUGUCUUAGAAUAAGAGAAAAUCUUUGGGAAAAGAAAAUCGACAGCAGGAAAAUAACAUUUCGGAUAUCUACACACAAGUUUAAAUGCUGUAUGGCCAACUUGAAUUAAACCAUCAGAGAAACAGAGCUGUAAGUGCUGUUCAGUCAGAAAGUUACUGGAAAAAAAAAACAGCAAAAAAAGAUCAAGAACAGCUAGAAAAGUCUACACAUUUCAUCAACAAUAUUAUUGAUCGCCGUUCACACGUAUGUAGUAUAUAGGCCUACUCGUAUCAAGGUUAUAUUGAUGAUCUAUUUCUGAACAUUCCUACAAGAUACUGGAAACAUAUAAGUAGACAAUGUCUUCAUCGAAUAGCGAUGGUAGCAGGACCAUUCUGUGGUGUGUUCCUCGGUCCAUCUCGACAGCACUCGCCAAGUGUCUCAGCUUCAUCGAUGACUCGGAGGUGUGGUUUGAACCCUAUGCCUACUGCAACGCCACCAGCAAUGAGUAUAAUCAUCAAACGAAGCUCAACAUACCCAUGGACUAUGAGGGCAAUGAGGAGAUCUUUCAGAGAGUCAAAAAGGCCCUAGACGGCAUGGCAAAUACCCACUUUGAGCCCGAUCGCCUCUCAUACGGUUCUGUAAAGCGUCGUCUUGAAGCCACUACCGCCCAACACGUGCUGGUAAAAGACAUGGGCAAUGCAAUGACGGAAGAGUACCGUGCCUACCUGCCCAAGGGGUACAGACACACCUUUCUCAUCCGACACCCUGUCCGCUCCAUAGCCUCCUACCGCAAGAUGAUGUACAAUCAGUUCUCUGAGCUAGGACUACUGGAAGGUAAAGCUGCAGCUGAGGAGACUUACGAUGUGGAACGCGAUGACCGUUUCUUCCCAUCUGGCUACGGCAUGACAGAAACAUACGACCUCUGGAAGUACAUUCAAGACGAGAAUAUAGAUACCAACCCUGUCGUUAUAGAUGGUGACGAUCUGUUGGCGAAACCUGCCGAGACGCUUUCGGCUUAUUGUGCCGCCGUCGGGUUGCCGUACAGCAACGGCUUACUGCAGUGGGACGCGUCACCCAAGGUGCUGACAAGGAUGAAAGCUAGUGGUGACAAUCUCCUGAUGGAUUUGGUCAAUUUCUAUGGUACAGCGAUGAAGAGUAGCUGCUUCCUCCCACCGAAGGAGAUGCCACCUCGCGAUCAACUACCGGCUGACGUCAUCAGGUGCUCUGACAAGGUCAUGACGUAUUAUGAGGACAUGUAUAAAACUCGUCUCAAAAUCUAGAGCAGUUUUGAGCGAAUAUAAAUAUGUCAAUCAUCGUACAAAUAUGCCUUAGAAUAUUGAUUUACGGUUUAUGCAAAACCUUUUGAGGGAGAAAGUCCCCACUUCGACAACACAUAGCUUGGAGCAAAGUUCUCUGGAACAAUGUCAGAUUACACGCCCGUUACUAGGAUUUUUUGGCGGGAGGGGGGUUGAUUUCGAACUCAAUAAUUUUGAAUCGAACUUCAUCUCUGAAAAGUGUCCUUUUUGCUUAGUGCCCUUAAGGUAGGCCUGUACACCUUCAUGUAUGUCUCAAAAAAGUAUUUUUAUCAUAUUUUUUUAGGUUACCCUUUGUAAGUGCCUUUUGUUUUUGUUUACUCCCC